GCUGGGAGUGGCUCCUUCUGUCGUUAGGCUUUAUCUACAGGUUUUGAGAAAGGACAGCACAUUUUGUUCUAAGAAAGUGGCAAGUAGAUUAUCCUCUAGUUUCCUGUUUUUUUCUUCCACUGAAAAGGUUCUGUCAACAUGGAGGACGAUUCAACAUAUAAUAAAGUUGAAAUGGCAGUUGGCUGUCAUGUAGAAGAUGCUGUAACUUUUUGGGCACAGACCAUUAAUAAAUCUAAGGAAAUUUUGAAGAUUUGUUCUAGUCUGGCUGAAAUCUGUCCUUAUGCUAACUCAGUUUUUGGCAAUCCGGAUUCUAAUAAGAUAUAUGGAGGUUGCUUUUCUGAAGAUAAAUGCUGGUACAGAUGUAAAAUACUCAAAGUUAUCAAUGAUGAAAAAUGUCAAGUAUUAUACAUUGACUAUGGGAAUUCUGAGGUCCUCAGAAGAUCAGAAAUAGUUGAGAUUCCUGAAAACUUGCAGUUUCCUGGUGUGGCAAAAAAGUAUAAAUUGUGGGGAUUACAGAUAUCAGCUAAUAUAGCUUUAAAUCAAUUUGAUCAGGGAAAAUUAUUUCUGAGUAGUUUGAUAUAUGAAAAAGAAAUGAAGUUAACAUAUAAAAGUGUGCAUCGGGACGGUACCAUUGUUGCCCAGGCAGAAUGUGAUUUACUGGAUGUUGGAGAAGAAAUGAUUAAGAAAAGCUUUGUUGAACUUCGUAAAUCUCCCAUAAAAACAAAAUUCUUGGACGCAAAGGUGGAUUUCUUUUCGCAUAGGAAUGCCAAAACAUCAACUCCAAGAUUGGCUAUAAAUGCUUUAGCAAGUACUAGAGUGACACGUGGUUUUGGUGAUAAGUUUCUGAGUGAAAGAAAUGGGAAUAAUUCUAAAGCUCAUAUUUCUUCGAUCCAAAAAAUGUCAAAUGCUACCCUGGAAAAGGUAAGAGAGGAUGAGACGUUGAUUGAGGAGAUUGAGCAACUGAAAGAAGAAAACGAGAGUUUCAAAAAAGAAAAUGCUAUUCUUUCCCAUCAUUGUGGAAUGCUGGAAUCAGCACUACAGAAACUGACAUGUGAUCUGGAGAAAGAAAAGAAAGCUUCCGAGGAAAGCCUUGAUUUUAUGGAAAAUAGGCUGCUCAGUUAUGUAGGAACUACAAUGAAAAAAUUGGCUAUCAGCUUUGAAAAAUUGAAAGAAAUGAGGCAAAAUCAUGCAACAGUUCAUUUGGGAGAAGAUCUUUUAGAAACUGCAAAUAAAAUUACCAAAGAUAAACUUGUAGACCCUCAGUCCAUGGAAACGCUGGAAAAGAUAUGGGCAGAUUAUAAUACCUCCCAGCAAGAAAUACGCCUUUGCAAAGAUGUGGAUGAAAUACAAAGCUUGAUUCUCCAGAGGAAUGAAUUGCAACAUAAAUUGUACAAAGCUGUAGAAGAAUUUAUUGUGGAAGUAGAUGAUCUGCCUCUUUCUGAGCGCUUAGAAACGUUGAAGAAAUUGCAAGGAUCUUUGGAGGCUACAUAUGGGCAAAUUAACGAUGCAGAAAAUUCAGAAGUGUUUGAAGAGUUCUUUGAAUGGAAGAAAGCUAGGUUGGAGAAAUUCAGUCGGGUUAGGCAUGUUACAGAUACUUCCUUACAAAAUCUUGAAUUAAGUUUCAGCAAGAUAAUUCAGUUUUUUGACAUAGGGUCAACAAUAUUAAUGAAAUCCGAGGAUGUAGAUUUCAAUGUAGAUGAAGUUCUUAAGAAUGUCGAGCAUAAUAUUUCACAAGAAUUUGACCUGUUUCUAACAGAGCUAGAUGAAAAAGACAAAAAAAUCAUCUUAAAUAUGUAUAGUGUGAUUAUGAGGAAAAUCCUUCAAGAACAAGAUCUCAUAAAUAACAUGAAUCAAAAAUAUCUUGAAAGUUGUACGUUCAAAAACCAGAUUGUGGAGUGGCUAGAUAUAACUCCUAAUACUAAUGAUUUGUUACUGAUAAAGAAGAGAAUGAAAAACAUAAAGGCUCAGCUGAGGUGGAAAUUAGUAGAAAAAAACAACUUGGAAGAAGUUGAUAAUUACAACAAAUCUGAAAUAGUGGAAAUAAAAGAAAAAAUAAGUGUGUUACGGGAUAAUAUAUUUGAAGAAAUAUAUAAGGAACAAGAAGAAUAUGAAAAGCUUAUUCAUCUAGUUCAAAAACUUUUCCCUGAGCUGCCACUCCUCCAUCCUGAAGCAGAAAUAUUGAAGUAUAUGAGCUCAGGAGGUCUGAUUGUCAAUUUAGAACGUGCUCUCUUAAAUGCUGAGCCAAUGAAGGAACUGGGCAUAAAACAUCUUGUAAUGUGCUCCACGGUUCAAGGACAAAAGGUUCUCCUGAAGGGAUAUAUUGUGGAUAUGAAUAUUGAAACCCAAAUAAUAGAAAGAGCAGUAAAAUAUCAUAAAGUUUGGAAAGAAUUAAGGGAGAAAUCUUGUUUAAUGCAACCAAUGUUCCUGCUUUUAAGCAAGUCUGAUCCUAUGGUAUAUCUAAUGAUUCCAUACUAUGCUGGAGCAAACCUGGGGACACUGCAGAUGACAGCACCUUUAAAUGUACCAGAAACAUUAAAAGUAAUGAAAGGAGUGGCAUGUGGUCUGUGUGUACUACACAAAGCUGAUAUAAUUCAUGGAUCAUUGCAUAAAAACAAUGUCUUUGCAUUGAACCGAGAACAGGGAAUUGUUGGAGAUUUUGAUUUCACCAAAUCUGAGAGCGAGCGUGCUUUGUCAGAUUCUAUGACUUUGAAUGGCUUGAGCUUAAUUUCCCCUGAGCUAAGAAAGGGUCAGCCACCUUCUCCAGCUUCAGACAUGUAUGCUUUUGGCUGUCUGCUUUACUGGCUACUUAUCGGAAAGCAAGAAAUAAAAACAAAUAGAGAUGGAACUCCUCAAAUUGAUGGCCUUGCUAUGGAUGAUAAAGUUAAAUCUCUACUUUCACAACUCCUUUGUUGUGAUAAUCGGAUGACUGCAGAACAGGUGUUGAAUUCCGACUGCUUCUUGUCACCUGACCUGAUUUCAGUUCCACUGGAAAGUGAAGGCCAUGGAGAACAGACAUCAGAAAAUGAUAUGUCUGAUGAAAGGCUGGACAGCAAGAGUGAAUGAGAGUACCUAUAAAUUAAAUAUCUGGUAUUGUUUUGGAUAUUAAUUUUGCUGAAUUAUUUGUAAUUGUAUUUCCUCUGUUCAGUUGCAUGUUUGUUUUUGGAAUAAAAAUAUUAAAGUAUCAAAG